AUGCGCCAGGCUCCUGUCUGCCAGCCCUCCUCCAGGACACUCUGGAUCACAAUUAAUAAGGAUACAAAAGUACCAAAUGCCUGUCUGUUUACAAUCAACAAGGAAGAUCACACGCUUGGAAAUAUUAUUAAAUCGCAAUUACUGAAAGACCCUCAGGUGCUGUUUGCAGGAUACAAGGUCCCACAUCCUCUGGAACAUAAAAUCAUCAUUCGAGUGCAGACCACUCCAGAUUAUAGCCCCCAAGAAGCUUUCACCAAUGCGAUCACUGACCUGAUCAGUGAACUCUCCCUUCUGGAGGAGAGGUUCAGGGUUGCUAUCAAAGAUAAACAAGAAGGAAUUGAAUAGACACAUGAAGCUCAGAGUGGAUGAUCUUUUUUUACCCAGAUCAUGUUAUAAAUAAGUGUUUUCAAUAUAAAGUACAUGUAACCACUUAACUGAA